AUGAGAAAUAAGAUGAAUCAUUGUAAUAAUAGCCAUAAAUUCAAACGGACGAACAGUCAAGUCCAACAUCAUAUUACCGACACAUGUGUGUCUAAAGAAAAUUUGAUAAAAAUGAAAGGCAUCAUCCACAUUUUGCUCGUCUUUUGGAUCUUUCACGUUCACGGUGUUCCUCUAGAACACACCCAACAGGAAAUCGAAUCACAUAUCAAUUAUCCGCAUUGGUUCUUGAGAAACUGGAGACAUCGUGUCGAAAGGAACAUCAAUGAAGAUCAGCAAAUAGCUUUGACUCCCUUGAGUUCACCAACUGACUCCGAUCACAGCGAAGUGACCUCAUCUCGUAGAAAAAAUUUGAGCGAGGACAGUCACAGCGAUAGUGAUUCUGACAAUACCUUAGAGAGUACUUCUGACAGUGAAAAAGAUUCUGUCAAUACUUCAGAGAAUACUUCCGACAGUGAAAAAGAUUCUGACAAUACUUCAGAAAACUCUUCCGACAAUGAAAAAGAUUCUGCUGAUACAAAUUCAACAGAUGAGACCGAAUCUUCAAAUAAUGAUUCAUCUGAUGAAAAUUUGUCUAAUCAAGACUCAUCUGAUCAGAACUCAUCUGAUCAAAACUCGUCUAACGUAUCAAGCAGUAAUGAAAAUACUAUCCAAGGAAGUAGGAGUCGCAAACGUUCCAUUCUUUGGUGGGAUUCUGGCAAUGAAUCGGAAUCUGCCGAGCAAGAAUUCAAGGAUUUCCUGAAGAACGCGUUAAAAAGAAAGACAAACUACAAUGUUAUAAAACGGAUGCUACAAAAUUAUAAACUCAGUAAGAAACAGAAUAGUUCAAAAAUGGAGACUGACAAAGAAGUGCAAGAAGAUCGAAUAAAAGAAUGUAUAAGAGAAUGUAUAGCUACGAACGAAAAAUUUAAUAUCACUACAGAUUUAUCGAUCGAACGUACGGUAUCAGCUGAUGGAAAGAACAUAAACAAGUCGAUACAAGUGCUGUAUGAGAAUGGCCAUAAGUCUAUAAUUAUUGUGGAAUCAGUUCUUGAAACAGAUAAACCAACAGGGAGUUGGACAGAGGGACCUGAAUGGAGUGAAACACCUAGUGGUACCGCGGAAUCCAGUACACCGAGCGAGCAAACUGGAACAUCUACCCAACAAACACAAACGUGGACUUGGACGGAGGGACCGCAAUGGAGUGAAACAACCAGUGGUACCUCGGAAUCAGCUACACCGAGCGAGCAAACUGGAACAUCUGCCCAACAAACACAACCAUGGAGUUGGUCAGAGGGACCACAGAGACACGAAACACCCAGUGGUACCGCAGAAUCAGCUACAGCAAGCAAGGAAACAGGAACAUCUGCCCAACAAACACAAUCGUGGAGUUGGUCAGACGGACCACAGGGAAGUGAAACACCCAGCGGUACCAAGGAAUCAGCUACACCGAGCCAGGAAACAGGAACAUCUGCCCAAAAAACACAAACGUGGAAUUGGACAGAGGGUCCACAAUGGAGUGAAACAUCUAGUGGUACCUCGGAAUCAGAUACACCGAGCGAGGGAACAAGAACAUCUGCCCAACAAACACAAACGUGGAGUUGGUCUGAGGGAACACAAUGGAAUGAAACAACCGGUGGUACCACGGAAUCAGCUACACCGAGCGAGGGAACAAGAACAUCUGCCCAAGAAACACAAACGCGGAGUUGGUCUGAGGGUCCACAAUGGAGUGAAACAUCUAGUGGUACCUCGGAAUCAGUCACACUGAGCGAGCAAACAGGAACGUCAGCGCCACAGACACAAACGUGGACUUGGUCGAAGGGACCUAUCUGGAGCGAAACACCUACUGGUACUUCGGAAUCAGCUACAACGAGUGAGCAAACAGGAACAUCUUCCCAACAAACACAAACGAGGAGUUGGUCGGAGGGACCACAUUGGAGUGAAACAACCAGUGGUAACACGGAAUCAGCUACACCGGGUGAGGGAACAGGAACAUCUGCCCAAGAAACACAAACGUGGACUUGGUCUGAGGGAACACAAUGGAAUGAAACAACCGGUGGUACCACGGAAUCAGCUACACCGAGCGAGCAAACUGGAACAUCAACACGACAGACACAAACGUGGAGUUGGUCAGAGGGACCACAGAGACACGAAACACCCAGUGGUACCGCAGAAUCAGCUACAGCGAGCAAGGAAACAGGAACAUCUGCCCAACAAACACAAACGUGGAGUUGGUCAGACGGACCACAGGAAAGUGAAACACACAGCGGUACCAAGGAAUUAGCUACACCGAGGCAGGAAGCAGGAACAUCUGCCCAAAAAACACAAACGUGGAAUUGGACAGAGGGUCCACAAUGGAGUGAAACAUCUAGUGGUACCUCGGAGUCAGAUACACCGAGCGAGGGAACAGGAACAUCUGCCCAAGAAACACAAACGUGGAGUUGGUCGGAGGGACCACAUUGGAGUAAAACAACCAGUGGUACCACGGAAUCAGCUACACCGGGUGAGGAACCAGGAACAUCUGCCCAAGAAACACAAACGUGGAGUUGGUCGGAGGGACCACAUUGGAGUAAAACAACCAGUGGUACCACGGAAUCAGCUACACCGGGUGAGGAACCAGGAACAUCUGCCCAAGAAACACAAACGUGGAGUUGGUCGGAGGGACCACAUUGGAGUAAAACAACCAGUGGUACCACGGAAUCAGCUACACCGAGCGAGCAAACUGGAACAGCAACACGACAGACACAAACGUGGAGUUGGUCAGAGGAACCACAGAGACACGAAACACCCAGUGGUACCGUAGAAACAGGAACAUCUGCCCAACAAACACAAACGUGGAGUUGGUCAGACGGACCACAGGGAAGUGAAACACCCAGCAGUACCAAGGAAUCAGCUACACCGAGGCAGGAAGCAGGAACAUCUGCCCAAAAAACACAAACGUGGAAUUGGACAGAGGGUCCACAAUGGAGUGAAACAUCUAGUGGUACCUCGGAAUCAGCUACACCGAGUGAGGGAACAGGAACAUCUGCCCAAGAAACACAAACGUGGAGUUGGUCUGAGGGAACACAAUGGAAUGAUACAACCGAUGGUAUCACGGAAUCAGCUACACCGAGCGAGCAAACAGGAACAUCUUCCCAACAAACACAAACGUGGAGUUGGUCGGAGGGACCACAUUGGAGUGAAACAACCAGUGGUACCACGGAAUCAGCUACACCGAGCGAGGGAACAGGAACAUCUGCCCAAGAAACACAAACGUGGGGUUGGUCUGAAGGACCACAGGGAAACGAAACACCCAGUGGUCCCACAGAAUCAGCUACCCCGAGCGAGCAAACUGGAACAGCAACACGACAGACACAAACGUGGAGUUGGUCGGAGGGACCACAUUGGAGUGAAACAACCAGUGAUACCACGGAAUCAGCUACCCCGAGCGAGCAAACUGGAACAGCAACACGACAGACACAAACGUGGAGUUGGUCGGAGGGACCACAUUGGAGUGAAACAACCAGUGAUACCACGGAAUCAGCUACCCCGAGCGAGCAAACUGGAACAGCAACACGACAGACACAAACGUGGAGUUGGUCGGAGGGACCACAUUGGAGUGAAACAACCAGUGAUACCACGGAAUCAGCUACCCCGAGCGAGCAAACUGGAACAGCAACACGACAGACACAAACGUGGAGUUGGUCGGAGGGACCACAUUGGAGUGAAACAACCAGUGAUACCACGGAAUCAGCUACCCCGAGCGAGCAAACUGGAACAGCAACACGACAGACACAAACGUGGAGUUGGUCGGAGGGACCACAUUGGAGUGAAACAACCAGUGAUACCACGGAAUCAGCUACCCCGAGCGAGCAAACUGGAACAGCAACACGACAGACACAAACGUGGAGUUGGUCGGAGGGACCACAUUGGAGUGAAACAACCAGUGAUACCACGGAAUCAGCUACCCCGAGCGAGCAAACUGGAACAGCAACACGACAGACACAAACGUGGAGUUGGUCGGAGGGACCACAUUGGAGUGAAACAACCAGUGAUACCACGGAAUCAGCUACCCCGAGCGAGCAAACUGGAACAGCAACACGACAGACACAAACGUGGAGUUGGUCGGAGGGACCACAUUGGAGUGAAACAACCAGUGAUACCACGGAAUCAGCUACCCCGAGCGAGCAAACUGGAACAGCAACACGACAGACACAAACGUGGAGUUGGUCGGAGGGACCACAUUGGAGUGAAACAACCAGUGAUACCACGGAAUCAGCUACCCCGAGCGAGCAAACUGGAACAGCAACACGACAGACACAAACGUGGAGUUGGUCGGAGGGAACACAAUGGAAUGAAUCAACCAGUGGUACUACGGAAUCAGCUACACCGAGCGAGCAAAGUGGAACAUCAACACGACAGACACAAACGUGGAGUUGGUCAGAGGGGCCACAAGAAAGUGAAACACCCAGUGGUACAACGGAAUCAGCUACACCGAGCGAGCAAACAGGAACAUCUGCCCAUGAAACACAAACGUGGAGUUGGUCCGAGGGACCUCAAUGGCGUGGAACCACUAGUGGUACCUCGGAAUCAGCUACAACAACGGAUCUUAUAACAGUAGCAUCAUCUUCUCAAAGUUCAGAUUCUGAUGUUACAUUAACAGAGUCAACAACUCAAACAUCACUUUCCAUAAGUGUUAAUGCUACAGUUCAAACCAAUAAUUCUAUAAGUACCAAUGAAACAUCUUCUGACCGUGGCAACGUACAGACUGGUGAAGUAUCAAGAAGAGGAAGACCUGUUCUUCGAUUAGUGCAAUGUUUCUUCGUGAAUUAUCAGCAGAAUGCAGAUAGUGUAAAUAUUAAGAAACGAAAUGCAACUCAUAUAGCAGUGUUCACUAUUCUAUCACUUCUGAUUUAA